GCAAUUUCCAAAAGCUCAAUCAUCUUCUGGCUUCUGUUUUACAAAUUUUCAUUUGCAAGCACUGGUAUAGUUUGAAAAAUUACGCCAACUCCGUGAGGCGCAGACUAAUCAAAAGGCACUAAAUGACCUAAAUGUUAGUUCGAAGUUAUUGACAAGACGCGCAGAAUAUUAAAAAUUGCAGUACUCAACAAAAGUAAGAAAGACAGCUGAAAGCUAAGAGGUGAUGUUUUGGUUCACUAUUUAUUUUUGCGCGGGUGUUUCUCUUAUCAUAUCUUACCAAGCGCAGUCUUAGUGAAACACUCCUGCUGAAGAAGACUUGCUAGCCGAGGUCAGCUUCCUCAAGUUAAGAUGAAGCAGGCGUUGUGUAUGAGGGUUCUUCUGUACAUUGUGCCAUUGUGGCUUGCAUUACCAUUUUGUGUGUUCUAUCAAGUGGAUAACGCAAGGAAUGGGAUGUUUGAGAUUUUCAAAGGAGAACUUUUGUACAACCACAUGAUCUCAGCGCAUCACGUGACCUCGCCGUUUGAAUGCGGCUCACUUUGCACAGGCAACCCAUCUUGCAGAUCAUACAACUACAAGCCAGGAGAGCCUGGUGAACAGGCCACGUGUCAGCUGAACAAUUCAACCAAGGUAGCCAAUCCCAGCGCGCUUGCCAAGCAUGCGCAGUUCGAAUACUACCAAUGGUUUAUCAACACGCAGUCCCUGCAGUCCUGCCUUGACAUCUGGCGCAUGCGCAUGCACAGUGGAGAAAAUGGCAUCUUUAUAAUAAAGGAUAGCAAUGGCACUGACUUUAAAGUCUGGUGUGACUUUUACUCCGAGCCCUACAUGGUUUGGACUUUGGUACUUUCCUACGCAUAUAAGAACAACCUGAAGUACCCAUUUUGCAGCCGUUCCUUCUCGGAUAACUGGCCCGAAAAUGAUGAUGACCCAAACUGGAACAGUUACCGAAUGUCCCUACCCAGAAUGCAACAAAUUGUUGCCCAGUCUACUCACUGGCGCGCGACCGCAGGAUUUCCAGUUUACGGCGUCGAUUAUCGCGACUACGUGCGAGGAAAUUUUGCGAGUUUUGACGUCAUGAAUUUUGAAGGUUACCUUGUGUGUAAAGAUGUUGAAUUGGUAAAUGUUCGUGGGAUCAACGGAAGGAAUACCCAAGCUGCGUUUUCGCAACGCAACGAGGUCAGCACAUUAUACAUCGUUAGCUCUUCUACUGAAUGUGCGUUCAACGCUAGUGCAGGAUCAGUUGAUAUGGAGAAUAAUUUUGGAUAUUAUUGCGGUGAAAACAGAAACCUGGCAUUUAGAGGAAUGGAAAAUGAUAGUAGCACCACUCAGUGGUGGUUCGGGGGAUACAUGUGAGCAUUAAGGGGCACUUGUCACCCCAUGACAGGUAAACCGGAAUCCGGAAUCCAUGAAAAAAUUUGACUUGGAAUCCG